AUGGUGCUCCUGAUAAUGACGCCGUCCAUGGUGGACGCUCUGAACCUGCUGGACGAACUGAACAAAGCGAACGAGCCCAACGACGAUGCGAGCCAAAGCCAACCCGAAACCGAAGCAGCCGCAUCAUCAUCACCAGAGCGAGCAGUGGGCACUCCCAUCUCCCACACCGAUGUCAUCAGCCUUUACAAGAAGAUCCGCGCUUCAGAGGCAUCAUCACCGAAAUACAGCCUUGAGCAGCUACUCAAGGGAUCUCGCUUCUAUUUCCCGCCUCCUCCACCAAAGCCCGAACCGGUUGGUGCCCUUCCGCGUCAUGCGUUUAGCAGGAUGUUGAUGAUGACCGAAGAAUACAAAGUCCUAAUGGCUCGUCUUCGCCGCGAAGAAGAUGCCCGAGCCUACGAACGCAUGAUCAACCCGCCGCCUCCGCUCGAGACGUUCCAGCACCGAUUCCCCAACGCUGCCUAUGCCUUUGCUGAGGUUAACCGGCCCUCCAAGCCGGAAGAUCUUGGAGAUGAUGAGGUCACAUAUAAUGAAAUUCAUCGCCAAGUCGUGCUGAUAAUCAACUUCCUCGUCAGCAUUGCUGGUGUUGCGGUUACGUUGUGGAUUGCUGGCCGCUGGUGGAGCCUUUCGUCGCGAAUAUUCUUAUCCCUUGGUGGGAGUAUAUUGGUUGCAAUUGCAGAAGUAGCUGUCUACUCAAGCUAUGUGUGGAGAAUGGGCGAGGCGAAGAACAAACAGGGCGCAGUGAAGGAGAUCAAAGAAGUUGUCCAGACAUGGGUUGUGGGACAAGGAGAGGGCGACGAAAAGAGCAUCUUGCUGCAAAGCAAAGAUGAAGGCGACGAGCAAGUGAGGAGGAGAAACCCGACAACCCAAACGGACAAUCCAGACUCGUAA